ACACUUCCUGUUUGUCGUAGAGAAAGAAACAAACUGCUCGUCACACAACAAAACUUUUUUUCCCAAACUCGCGACUUUGGACGCUUAACAUAACGGAUUCAUGGAGAAAAAGAACACAAUUUGGAGCAAAAAAUAGAGUAAAUUCUUGAAGAGGUCAGAAGUACAGAGACGGUUGAUCCGUCCAACAUUAUUAUCUUGUUUUCGUUGAAGGAGGAGAAGGAGAAAAUGUGGAAUUUACUGGUUUUAGCGGCGGUACUUCUGCAGCUCAUUGGGUUCGCAACGCCCCAGCAAGCGCCUUACCUACCUUCAAACUCGCCAACGUUCACUGUUGGAUCACCGGACACACGUGGGACGAAGUUCAUGUUUGCGAUGCCGAGUAACUUCAAUGUUGCCAGUAAGGUAACUCUGAUGAUCGGGUCUUCAAACCCUGGCAUUGCCCGUGUCAUGGUCAACAUUCCUGGCUUCAAGUUCCGAAGAGAGAUCACCUUGACCCAACGUCAGAUGAAGACCAUUAGUAUUCCAGGGAAUGUGGCAGCUAACGGAGGGGGUCCUCAAAACGGGACAAUCGUAGUCACGUCAAAUCUGGAGAUUACUGUCCAUGCUGCGAACAUCAUGCCGAAGACCAACGACGCCUUCGUGGCGAUUCCGACCGAUGCUCUUGGGAAGGAGUACGUGAUUGCUUCGUAUGACAUCGUCACAGGUCAGUGGUCAGUGUUUACAAUCACAGGCACUCAGCAAGGUACAAGAAUCCAGGUGGUUCCUUCGCAGAGGACGCUUCAUGCUCGGCAAUGGUACAAUCCUGGCCAGAUUAUCAAUAUUCAGCUGAACGAAGCACAGUCGAUACAGAUCAGAGCCCCAAUGGAUUUGACUGGAACGUACAUCACAGCGGACAAACCCGUCGCUGUUGUUUCUGGUGCCACCUGCACGCGUGUUCCAAAGGACAUGCAGAGGUGCGACCAUCUGGUAGAGAUGUUGCCUCCCAUUUCGGCCCUCGGUACUCGCUUCUCAAUUGUACCUCUCCUCAACAGAACUGGAUAUGUCUUUCGUAUGAUCGCAGCACGUCCCAACACCAGAGUCCACAUGGCCGGUGUGAUCUAUACCCUUGGACAAAGGGGUUCCUUCAGAGAGUUCAACCAAGACGCCCAGCUUCCAGUCACAAUCACAUCAAACCGACCUCUUUUAGUGAUGCAGUAUGGCAAAGGAAUGGACAUCGAUUUCUGGGGUGAUCCAUUCAUGUCUAUUGUACCACCUGUCGAGCAGUACAUGGAAGGAAUGACCACCUUUGGACCUUUAGCACAGUCUGGGCAGGACAGGUUCUUUAGUUUCUUGUCAGUGUCGGUGACUUCUGCAGAUCUGUAUACCAUAAGUCUGGACAACGUUCUCAUCAUGAACACUGAAUUAAACCUUCCUCUUGGCUCAGAGACAAUCAGGUAUACAGCAGAUCGGAAUAUGAGGAUUCAAAAUAUUCCACACACGCUACACAACCCAUCUCUUAUGUCACGUUUCACCGCUAUCUGCCACGGGGUAUCUCAAGGAUCAGGCUAUGGGUACCCAAUCGGAUACAACCUAAGAACUUUACUGUGUUCAAGAACGGACCCAAUGACAGGUUUAAUCGAGGAAUUCCAGUGCCCACCACCGAUCCCGCCCAUCGUACCCGGUCUGGUACCAAGCAACGUACCAGGCAUGGGAGGAAACCAACCAAUCCGACCAGGGCUAGGUAUGGGUGGUAUGGGUGGCUACGGAGGUGGCUACGGGGGCAUGUACCCCGGAUUCACCACAGGAGGACAACCCGGUGGCUACCUACCAGGGAACUUCUUCACCGGAGGGAAAGCUCUGAACCCCAAUAUACCAAUCCUACCUGGUCUCCCUAUUGAUCCUAACGCUGGAGCUGCGCAGACUCAACCGGGGUUCAACAAUAAUCCUCUGAAUCCAGUCAGUCCGAACAACCCAUUCGCCAACCCCGGUCAACCGUUUGUUCCGAUGUUGCCUUUCAACCCGAUGGGACCAGGAAUGAUUCCACCACCUGAAAAUUGUUACACCUUAGGCCUUCUGAUCCUGGCAGCUGUUGCCCCGGUAACAGUAGUCUUCAUCGUGAUGCUGGUUAUCCUCCUAGCUAUUGUAUACAGGUUUAAGAGGAAAAACUAAUCUACACAAGGGCUGACGACAGACGAAACACUAAUCUUUAUGGAAAAUUUUGAGAUGCCAUCAAAAAGAGUAUCAGACUAAAAGUUUCAUUUAUGUAGAUUUUCGGAUAAUUAUCUCCUCUCAUCUAAAUUAAAUUGACUACAUCAAUCGGGAAAAAUAUAUGGGCUAUAGUCGGCUCAUUUCCUAACAUAUUUGUACUGUAAGUGAUGUAAUGUCUUAUAAAUGGUACGUUUUGAUUUGGUAGAUUUAUAAUGAUAAUACUAUUAAGGUUAGAUUAUAAAAUACAUUUACUAAUUCUGACCGAAUGUGGAGCUGAGGUAAUGAGCACCUAAACAUGAAGAAAAAAGUGUUGAAAUAUGCGUUUUCAAUACAGAAAAUACCUAAAUCCCUAACGAAAAAUAUGAAUGAAUAUUUUUUAUUGCAAAAAAAGAAGAUGCGCGCGCGAAUGAGGGGUUUUGAUGUAUUUCCUUUAUUUUUGUGUUAAUUUUGUAAAUUAUUUUAGCUAUUGUUUAUUAAGUGAUGAUUCUUAUUUGCACAUUGUCAUCAAAUGAAAUAUAUGACGUCAAUUUUUCAUAAAAUAAAUAAAUUUAUAUCGUUUUUUCAGACCAACUUUGGUUGAGCCUAAAUGAAUUGAAUCUGUUUAUAAUUUGUUUGAAAGUUCACAUUAGAAUGAACGGUAAUUCUUUAUUUUUGAGGAAAACUUUGCAACUUUAUUGACUUUUAUUUGAAUAAUGAUAAAAAGAUGCGUAUUUGUCUGUGUAUUUAGUAAGCAUAAGUUAUCCUAGAUCAAUUCUUGACAUUAAACUGAAUAUUUCACUCGCUUGUUUGUUCUUUCUUUGAUAGAAAAUGGAACAUUCUUGCAAAAAAGUUUUGUAAAAAUACCAAUGUGUAAAUGUAUGUUGACGUAUUAUGUGCAAUAUAUUAAAUGAAAAAUGAAUGUUCUAAAAAGGGA